AUGGGUCGUGGCAAAAUUGAGAUAAAGUUGAUUGAGAACCCCACCAACAGGCAAGUUACCUACUCCAAGCGAAGGAAUGGUAUCUUCAAGAAAGCUCAUGAACUCAGUGUUCUCUGUGAUGCCAAGGUUUCACUCAUCAUGUUCUCAAAAAACAACAAGAUGCAUGAAUAUAUUAGUCCUGGCCUUACCACUAAAAAGAUCGUUGAUCAGUAUCAGAAGACUUUGGGGGAUAUCGAUCUGUGGCGUUCCCACUAUGAGAAAAUGCUUGAAAACUUGAAGAAGCUGAAAGAUAUUAACAACAAACUCAGGAGACAGAUCAGGCAUAGGAUUGGUGAGGGUGUGGAUUUGGACGAGCUGAGCUUCCAGCAACUGCGCACUCUUGAAGAGGAUAUGGUUGCUUCCAUAGGGAAAAUACGCGAGCGAAAGUUCCACGUGAUCAAAACUCGGACUGAUACCUGUAGGAAAAAGGUUAAAAGCUUGGAGCAGAUGAAUGGAAAUCUGCUGCUUGAACUUAAGGAAAAGUGUGUGAUCCAUCCACAAUUUCUUUUGCACGAUGAAGGAGACGAGGAAUCAGCAGUUGCACUGGCCAACGGUGCCUCCACCCUCUAUGCAUUCUGCCAAACGAAACCGAAGAAGCACUUUGCAACCACCGCCAUCGCAUAA